AUGCAAUUCUCCAUCACCGCAGUUACAUUUAUCUUUAUUGCUUCCACUGGGGUUGCUGCCAAAAACCACAACCAGCUUCAAUGUACUACUGCGAGCGGCAGCGGACAAUUUAUUUUUUCGUUCCCGAAUGAUGCCGCAACGAAUAAGGUGUGUCCUAGCUUCUGCUCUGACUGCACGCUCGGCGAUAAGGACGGUCACCGCGUCUGCAACUCUGCUGGCCGCCUUAUGGAUGGAGAUGAUUUUUCUAAUGCUUGCCUGGCAGCCGGUGCAUCUGGAAGCCGGUAA